AAGCUCUCGCCUUAUUCAAAAUGAUAUCAGUUGUUUGGCUUCUGCGUUGUAAUCAUACCAUGAGGUGCAUAAUAUUUCUACUCAUCGUUGCUUAUGCAUCGGCAAAUUACAAUAUUGGAUAUUUAUCUGAAGAAGAUGCUGAUAUAAGUAAUGAAGUUGAAGAUGGGAGUGUGACAUUAACAGCUCAAAUGUGUAAGGACCAAUACACUGCAUGUGCCAAGAAAGCCAGUUGGUGGGCGAAAAAAAGUGGAUACAAAAAAUGCAAAGCAAAUGUUUUGUGGGCUUGUUGCAACGAUUUGCAUCAAAGAUGUCGCGCCAAAGCUGUCAAUUUAAAGGAUUACAUGAAAUGUCAGGACGAGAUGUUCGCCUGCAAGUUGCCUCCAAAGAUUGAAGACAAAUUUUGAAGACAAAUAUCCAUAUCAUAUCAUUUAUUUACAUUUUGAAAUAUACUUUUCUUCUUCAGUAUUA